AUGAUCCUCGACAGGGACUUGCUGGGUCUGGGGUGGAGGAAGACCAUGCUGAUCUUUCAGAUUGGCACCAACAACUGGCAGCGUCAGGAGGAGUUUGCCCCGGGCAGUGGCAUCCUUCACGCGUCCUUCCACGAGAGCAUGAACAGCAUGGAAGGCGUGAAGAGCUACUCCAUCUACCCGAGCAAGAGGCAGACCAAUCCAGAGGACGACCCCACGUUUCGCAUCUUCAAGCUGGAACACGACAUCCCCAUCUGCGAGUCAGUGAGCCCCAACUCGUCCUACCGGUGGCAUUCCAUGACCGAGGAUCAGUACGACGCCUACCUCAAGCGCCUCGAAAAUGAGGUCUGCGCCUUCAUGGAUGAGGUCGAGGCGAAGGAGGGAAAAGAGUUUGACUUUCUCAUCUCCCACCAUGCCUUCACCAAUGCCAUGACGGCUGCACAGAUCGUCCAGAGAAGGCACAAGGAGGGCAAGACCAAGCUCAAGCACUUCAAUUUUGUGCACGGGACAGCGCUCAAGAUGUACAUCAAGGAGAAAGAGGGUGACCCCGAGUAUCCGAUGCGCUUCCUCACCAAGUGCCGGGGCAGCGGCGUCUUCGAUGGCAUUGCCAACACGAAGGGUGUUUGGGUGAACUCGGAGGACUACAUCGGCAAGUUCCUAGACUGCUUCCCGGAGUACCCCAAGGAGAGGUGUGUCUUCUCCCGCAUCGGCGUGAAUCAGAAGACCUUCUGCCCAAAGGGCACGUCGGUGUCCAGCGAUCUCGCCCAGCAUGCAAGGGAAGAGGACAGGGACAAGGUUGCGAGCAUGAAGCGCCUAGUGACCUUUGUUGGGAAGUUCGCAGACUGGAAGCGUCUGGAUGCCGUCCUCUAUGCUGCCCAGGAGUAUGAGGCCAAGUUUCCGGAUUUGGGCACUGCGGUGGUGGGCACAGGCCCGGCAGACGCCAUCGAGAAGUACGAGGGCCUGGCCAAAAGUCUCGGCCUUCAGCGCACCGUCUUCCUGGGACCGAAAGGCCAGGAUGUGCUAGCGCAACUCUUCUCGAUGUCGGAGGUCGGCAUGUUCCCGUCCUACAAGGAGCCCUUUGGCAUGGUCUUCAUCGAGUGCAUGGCCUGCGGCUGCCCAACCGUCGGCGCCAACAGCGGGGGGCCCACGGAGUUCGUGAAGCCGGAGCAGGGCGUCCUAGUCGAGGAGGAGGACGACUGGAGGUCUGAGGAGGGCGCCAGGAGACUCGGGUCCAAGGUGGCCGCGCAGGUCACCAAGGCUAUCGAGGAGGACUGGAAGAAGACCAAGGGCCCCGGCUGCGUAGAGUUCGUCGCCAAGAACUUCUCCACGGUGGCGCAGGUGGAGGGCAUGCUGGCCAACAUGAAGGAGUGGUCGAAGGAGUGA